UUGGUGAGAGCAGCCGCGGGAGGACAGUGGUGUUAUGACUCGCAGGACCCCAAAUGUGUAAAUGAUGGGCACACAGUGAUGCUGAGCCUGGCGAGUGAGCUGGCCCCUGAGCACAUCACCAUCAGCGGUGGAGGCCUCCCUGGCAGGUACCGGGCGCUGCAGCUCCACUUCCACUGGGGCAGCCCAGCUGGGAAUGGCUCCGAGCACACCCUCGAUGGGCACCAGCUCCCCAUGGAGCUGCACAUUGUCCACAUGAAUGUCAAGUACCGGACGCUGGCAGAGGCCAAGGGACAUCCCAAUGGGCUGGCUGUCCUCAGCUUCUUCUACCAGGUCUCCGAAAGCCCCAACACCAACUACAACACCAUCGUGGCAGGGCUGAGGAACAUCUCCCAGGCUGGAGAAUCCGUGGAUUUGGCCUCCACCUUCCGCCUGAGCACCCUGCUGCCGCGUGCCGGCCGGCUCUCCGGGUACUACCGCUACCAGGGCUCCCUCACCACCCCCGACUGCAGCGAGGUUGUCGUCUGGACCAUCUUCGAGGAGCCAGUGGAGAUCAGCCAGGAACAGCUGCGGCCGUUCGUCAGCACCCUGCACUUCCCGGCCACCGGCCCCACGCCCCUCAAAAUGACCAACAACUUCCGCCCGCCCCAGCCCCUCCGCAGCAGAAAGGUCUUCGCCUCCAGGGCGGCCACGGCCAGCAGUGGGUCCCCGUGCAGGGGGCACUGCCAGCUCUUCUCCCCCCUGCUCCUGCUGGCCCUGCUGGGCCCCUUCUCACCAACCCCCUAG